AUGCGAUUGGUCGACGGGACGCUGUGUUUUUGGACUGUUUUCUAUGAAGCCGUUGCUCUGAGAGGAGUCGAACGGGGUCUCCAGGAGAGCCCGGACCCCGGACUCAGAUCCCGACGGUCACGCAGCUCCUCCGGCUGGUCUCCAGGAGAAACCGGACUCGGACCCCGGACGUCCCCGGGCCGUGCGGCGGUGGGACCUCCGUGCUCUGAUGUGCUCGGCGCGGGCCUCCAGAUCCAGUGCUACCAGUGCGAGGAGGCGGCGCAUGACUGCUCCCUGCCGGACUACGUGGUGAACUGCACCGUGAACGUCCAGGACACGUGUCAGCAGGAGGUGCUUGUGACACCGGACGGUGUACACUACCGUAAGUCGUGUGCGUCGUCGGGGGCGUGUCUCAUCUCGUCGUCGGGCUACCAGCAGUUCUGCACGGGGCGCCUGCACUCGGUCUGCAUCAGCUGCUGCUCCCAGCCGCUGUGCAACGGGCCGCGCCGGAGGCGGAGCCAGCCCUCCGCCAGCAGCGCUCGCUCUGAAUAG